ACAAAAAGCAAACGGAGGGGGAGGGAAGAAAGGCAGACGAGGACGGAGGGUUUUUUUUUUAAACUGCGAGGAGAGUAAACUCACCCAAAUACUCCGCAACCUCCGACUAAAUCUGAUGUUUUAAACUGAUCUUGGCCUGAUUUCCACCUGGACCUCUUCCUGCUCCUCUCAGGCUCUGUGACUAUGAGCACCUCGGGGCUUCAGGCCACUAACCGGCAGAAUGCGAAGGAGCUCGACAGCAUGAAGGAAUCCAUCAGCGAUAUCAUCAACCAGCUCCAGGACAUCGACCCGGCCAGGCUCUCCUUUUCCCCCUUCCUGGAUCUGGACACUCAGAUCUCUUUGGCUCCGGUGUCAGACAGCCCCGAGUCGUCAGUGGAGGAGCUGCACUCGUCCUCCCACUCUGUCUCCGGCUCCCAGCGCUCGCUGGAACCGCCACCAGCGACGGAUCAGCCAAGGAGCUCUGCUCCUUGCCACCAGCAGUCUGGCGUCAGCCUCCCAGAAGAGCCUCGAGCACAUCGUGGGGAGGAGGGGGAGCUGGAUCAAACUCUUUCCAGUCCUAUCAUCACGGCGCGCAAUUUGGACGCCGCCACGGAAAACUGCGUCGGCCCUCCAACCCCGGCCUCUCAGGGAGACAUUCCCAAUGGCACAGACGCACCGAGAUGGAGUCCAGAAUCCACCAAUCUGGACUGCACUGUGGACGAGGGUCGGCCUCUGAUAGGGCCGCCGCCGGAGAGCGUGGAGCUGGCUGUGUGGAGCUCCGAGGGCCGGGGAGAGACUUGCAUGGCUGCACGGGAGGCUUCGGAUCGGGGGCGAUGCCGCUGCUGCCAGUGCACAUGCUGUCAGAGCAGCCGAGUCCCCGCUUUCUUCUCGGUGCUGGCCUCGCUUCUGUGUGCAUCCGGGAUCCUCUAUGCGCUCUAUUUCUACGUGCCCAUCAAACCCCCUGACUUCCCUGACGUAACCAGCCGCAUCGUUUUCACCUUGUGCUGCUGUGUGGUGGCCACUGUCCCCAUCCUGCUCGCAAUGCUCAUGGGUGCAGCCUGCCAGUUCUGCAACGGCUCCUUCGAUCUGCAGGAGUCGUUUCCCAGAAGAGGUGCGGUUCAGCAGCUUUUCGUCACCACGUCCCUGGAGCAGUUACUCCUCUAUGUCCUGAACCUUGUUGUUAUGGCUGCGUUACUGCCUCAAGACCAGCUGAAGUUGGUGCCUAUCCUGGUCAUAAUGUUCAUCUUUGGAAGGCUUGUUUACUGGGUCGCCCUGAACACGUGCGUCUCCUGGCGAGGCUUCGGCUCCGGCCUGAGCGUCUUCCCGCUCCUCGCCAUGGUGGCUCUCAAUCUGUUCCUUGUGUACAUGCUCCAUCUCAGAGAGCCACUUUUUGGCUCUCAGGACGUCCUCUAUAAUCAGGUCACCCCCUCUUCCUGGUCAUCACAGAGCCCGAGUGCCACACCAGACAUCCUGGACGCUCAGUGAAGAGGCGAGCUGCCUGCUUCCUUCUCCGAGAGGAGGAGAUCUUUCCAAAAAUAGCCCAUUCCUGUGGUCUGCAGUUCAGCACAGCUACCCGUGCUGCCACUGCAACCCCCGACUAUGUGACAGCUUGACUUGUGUUUUCUUGCUCCUCCCUAUACACAACCUUUUAUGUGGAUUCAUGCUUAUUAUCUGAAAUGCAAGAGCUCCGCCUGCUAGUGGCUGGAGACGCCUUUGAACAAUGCUGUAGUCAUAAAACAUUUGUUCUUUUAAGCUAUUUCUGUGCCUACAUUUAAUGUUUUGAACUCUAAAUACUUAAAAGCUCUGCUAUAUAUACAUACAUAUAUAUGGCUGGAUUUGGUUUGACUGAAACACGAGCAAAGCAGCUGCAGUUGUCAGACUUUAUUAUUAUUUGACAAAGUUUGUACAUGAUGAAGACAGAAUAAAAGCCAUUUUGUAAAAAAAAAAAAAAAAAAAAAAAAACGAAUGAAAAAAUGCCUUGCCGUUGUUGGUUUUCCAUUGACCGCUCGUUGCUUUUCCCUUGGCUGAGCGUCUAUUCCUGGAGAGACGGCGGCGUGCGUUUUCAGAGCUGGGACUGUCAUUAUGUGAUAAUAACGUGCUCCAUCUCCACCCUGCUGGCGUCCUCGCUGCUGCUGAUGAACUUGCUCGGUUUGUGGCACUAAAACGGGGCCAAAACAAAAACGAGAUGAGACACAGUGCCUUUUGUCUGACAACUGACACUCGACUGGAGAAUACCCAGGGAUCCAGAUUACUAUAAUUACAGCAGAUUUGUUGACCGGAGGUAUUCACUGAAUCUGAAUGCACAUUUUUCACCGUCAAAUCCAGAGAUUUAUUUGAGUUUUCCAAAUAGCAGUAAAGAUUGAACCACACUCACGCACGUUACAAACAACCAGCACACAGGUUUGUCAGCGUCAGACUAAAUAACCGGCUCUAAAGGUAUCUGAGCACGGAGCACAGUGAGAGGGGAACACAGACGUUUUGAUGCGUUUCAGAGUGAAUGCCUGACAUUACUUUGCAAAUGACUGUUUAUUAAAAGACCUUUACUUUCUUAUACAUUAAUGUGCAAAAGUCUUGAGCCACCACUCUUUUGUUUUUCUUCAAAAUACU